AUGAAUAAUAAGUUAAAGCAGAUGGGUUUGAUUCCACUUUUCCUAUUAAUGGUUUUCGUGCUGCCAACUUCGGCAGUAUACAAAUUCACCGACCGGAAGAUCUUUUUGCCAAUUAGAGUGCACGUGUUUUGCUUUGAUCAAAACUUUGAUCUCCUUCCUGUCGGAGACGGCACAGGUUUUGAAGUUUUUGUUCAGGACCCUGAAGCUGCGGCUAACUCGCUUGUGCCGUUGCUUGAUGAAGCGGAAAGUGUUGUGCCUGAAGACUUGUGCCAUUCUGGCUGGUUCUCAGGAAGGUUCUUAUAUGGGGUAUGUAAUGGUGGUGGAUCUGUCCAAAUGGCAUAUGCCAUUUGUAAGGAGAAUGCUGCAAAAGCACCAAUGGUACCUGAUGGACAAGAUCCAUACGCAGGGAAAUUUUUUCUAAGGGGAGCUGAAUACUACGUCUAUGUUCACAGUUACUUGAACUAUAUAUGGGUUAUUGGCAGCUCGAGCCGAAAUUUUGAAGGUUUUUAG